UGGGAGCCUACCUUAAUCUUCCCAAAACCAUAGCUGCUCAUCGCGUUGCGCCCAGCUUUUUUCCUGCGGUGGCGAUAGCAAAUGGCUAUCUCAUCCAGCGUGCGGGUAGCAGUGGUGUGUGGUACAAAUGUUUACCACCGUUUAGCAAAACUGAGCCGGUUCUCUUAGUAAUCCGAGUGUGCUGCGUGUUGCCCAUUUCUGCCACACGCCUGUAAGCCACAAAACCUCCACAGCACAGGUAACUGGAACGUACGUAGCGAAGAGGUGCCAAUAAGUCCAGUACAGAUAAGCCCGACUUGGCACCGUCAGCAACGUUCCACAUCAACAAGUGGCACUAUCAACAAGCUACGCACCCGCAACCGCAACGUGCGGCGAAAAAGUAACCCAAACUUUAAAACAUCCGCAAACCAAAACCGAAACUACUGCGUUUUUUUUAAAAAUAAUACUGCCAAGACCGAAACAAACGAAGUGCACGGCAAGCGAUGCGCUUUCUCAGCCGCGUGUUUCCAUCGCUUGUUUAUUAUGUUCGGUUACAAUUUAACUCAACAAUUGACGCUUACGUCACACGCUAGCGCGGGUGCGCGCGCGCGCAGCCGGCGCUUUUCAUUCACUUGUCAAGUCCCGACUCCUGAGUUGUUCCAGAGCACCUCAAGGCCCCGAAGCAUUUUAGAGUUUUCUGUAAAGAUAUUUUCAAGAUUGGUGCAGGAAAGGCGUGCACAAUGUCGUGCGAACUAUCUGGCGACGUUGGAGGCGAUGAAAUCGCGUGCAAUAUGGACUGCACCGAUAACUUUUCUGGCGACGUUGGAGCCGAGGAAAUCGCCUGCGAUAUGGACUGCACUGAUAACUUUUCGGUGUCCAGAUCAGCUUCUUGGCACAAUUUCGGCAACACAGAGUGCGCGGAGGACAUUGCUGCGUCGACAUCAGACACGAGAGUCCUGCGAAUGAACAUCGCAGAUCCAGCAUCUGCUGAAGAAUGGAUGCGGCAGUACAAGGCGGCGACAAACACGUCAUGGAUUAUGAAAUACAAGCAAACGAACUGCACAAAGAUGGUCUACCACAAGGUCUGGCAUUGUCAGCACAGUAAGCGCAACAAAACUGCAGCAGGACGCAAUACUGACUGCCAGGCAAGAGUUGACAUUAAGAUAAAAAAAGUGAACAAGGACACAAAAAAAAAUGAUGAAUUCCUGCGUAAAGCGGUACCAUUGCCUGCUGUGGUUAAGUUGAGAGAGAGGCACAACCACAGCACUGAGUCCGCUGAUGCACUCCGUCUACUACGUGCAAGCCCUGAAACAAGAAGUGCCUUCUCGGAGUACUUUGAGGAGGGCAUGACUCCGGCAGAGGCAAUCCAGCAUCAUGAACAACUUCUGUCCGCCAAGCCUGAUGGCCCAUUUCUUCUUGCCAAUGGGAGCAUAAACCCUAACAGGAAGAGUGUUUACUUUUGGCAUCAAAAGUGGAGAAAUGCUAAAUGCGGACCAGCAGGGAAUCCUGUGGCAAAGCUGCCGGAGAAAGUGGAUGAAUAUGCAGCUGGAGGUGCCCUGUGCGUUCAUGUCAGACAGUGCCAGAGCGGAAAAAGAUGCCCUGCGUGAUGUGUCGCCCUCCGCCAGGCAGCUGCUCUGCCAUUUUCAUGUGUUGCAAGCAGAGUGGCGCUGGCUCAAAUCAGCAUACAACAGCAUAGGGAAAGCAGAAAGACGUCAGCUCAUGGCAGCUUUCCAGAAGGACCACACAAAAGAGUGUGCUGCAUUCAAUGAAGCAUACCAGCGCGCCCAUGGACUUGGUGAAUGCAUUCCUCAGUAUGCUGCUGUUAUCAAGUCCAUAACAGAAGACCUGUUAAAGUUGAACACCAGCAGCGCUGUGUUUGCAUACAUGUUGAGGCAAAAGGCCAUGGGAAGGGCUAUCAGGCAUGGUAAAAAAAUAAGGUACAACCAACAAGCUUGGCAAGGCGCCGACCUGGCCUACCGAGAGGUUCGGGACGCAUUCCUGCCGGCUGACCAAGAACAGCUGGAAAAAGGAAAACAAAACGUGGACAUGUGCUCAGCCAAAGUGUGCGGGAUGAUGUACCUGGGGCCAAAUGCCAUUAAGAACUCAAACUUUAUGGAGACCUCACAGUUGACCCACUAAAUAUGUCUCGGCGUGCUUAAGGACAGUGAAUACGUUGAACACACAUCAUUUGUCAUCGAAAAUGCCCAUUUUCGGCCUGCACUAGGACGAUUUUUAAGCAGUAAUUGUGGCUCACAAAGUCUGAUUGCAGUGGUUACUAAUGCUAACGUGCCCCUUUCCUUUUGCAGUUUGUUAUUUUUAUGAAAUUGCAUAGCCAGCUGCUCCUGAACCCUAUAUCAAUUGUCUGUCCCUUCUUGAGGUGGUUUAAAUACUUCAUGCAGCAUCCGCACAAUACCAAGAGUCCACCUGUAGUUCUGUUGCCUUCAUCGUGCCAUUGCUUCAAGCGACUUUUCAAGGGUGAUAUUGCUAUUUGUAUUGAAAUCUAGCACUAAUAUUGUAAGACUGAGACCAACCAAGCUGUCAAGCGCUUUUUAUUCCAAAAAGGAAAUGCCCCAGCUCAUGCGUGAAGAAGUAGAACAGGGAAGAUGAUGAUGGCUAUGUACAAAUUAAAACGACGAAGUAUGUUAAUAGUGCUUACAAUAUCUAGGUUUGCAAGUAAAAAGAUGUUAACUGAACAUGGGCCAUGAAUGCAGAAAGAUCCGUAGCGAUGAGCACUGGUUCAGGUCGAGCACUGUCUCGUGCUCUGCAUUGGCGAUCCUGCUUGCACUUCAGCUGUCCUCCACUCCUUGAUUUUGUGUGUAACAACCACGAGUGCUGUGGUUAUAGUGAGCUGUAGGGCUAGCUUUUGUUUAUCAGGCAGGGCUUCUUGAUUGGUAGCAGUAAGGUACAGCCCAAAGCAUUGUAUGAAUAGCAUCCGUUCAGCUUGCAAGUUGCCAGCCUUGCGCAUAAGUUGUGCUUCAAACAUUGAUGCCACAUGGUGGCCCUCGGUUGCUCACACCUCAGUAAAUUGUGAUUGGCAGUGUUACUUUCUUACUUUGGUCACAUUUUGUUACUUUGGUACAUUUUGUUACAAUUUUGUUACUUUGGUCACAGGAACAUUUCUAGCUCUGUUUGUGUUGUUCUCAACCUAGUGUGAAUAGAGUGUGAAUUUUUUUAAUAUUUAAUUCUGGGUUUUAAAUGCCAAAACCAUGAUUUGAUCACGAAGGACGCCAUUUUAAUUUUUUUUGUAGCGUUAGUCCUGUGUUGAUUAGAUAAGGGACCAGCACCAAUACAUGCCAUGAUGCAACAUCAAGACAUGCCUUGAUGCAACAGAAAUGCGUAAUAGAGGUAGACGGUGCACUGCAUGAAAAAGGUAACCAUGGAAGAGACGCAAGAUGAGCUGAACAAAAUGCUAUCUUCGUUUUGUACCAUAUCCUUUUGGCAUUGUACAGCUCUUUAUUUUCUCUGCCGCCUCUCCUCUGUGACUUCACUUUUCACCUUUUGUUCUUUGUUGUACUGUCUGUUACGUUUUUGCAGCGCAAAUGUGCCAAGUUGUUUUGCAACUGCUGUUGACACAUUUGAAGAUUAAAUUGUUUUCAUUGGCAGCCUACUAUUCUUUCUUGUUUCUCUUUCACAACAAUCUGCGUCCUUCGAUAUUGACACGCAACAUUUGCUCUAAUCAUUUAGUGAAGUUCUUAUAACUGAGUACUGACAAUGGACAUCACAUUCCAGCUUGAACAAGCAAAUGAGACUAAUGAUC